CAACUCACAACUAGCUAGUUCAUGCUCAAAGGCAAAGGACAAAAAAACAAUACAUAGAAAAUUCGAAAGAGCAACAAAUACAGAUGAUGACCAACGGCCACAAACCACCACCACCACCGCCACCUGCAGCGGCGGCGCCGCCAGACGUGGCAGUGCAGAUGACGGGGGCAAAAGUGAUGGUGGGGAACUGUCAUGGUGUGGUUGAGGCAGCAGCGGCACCAGAAUCUAGAGUCCGGAGGAGAGGUGAAGAUGUGGUGUUCGUGUUAUUGAGGCUGCUGUGCGUGGCGGCUUCCGUUACAGCGAUGGCAUCUAUGGUAACAGCCCGUCAGGCUAGCACGGCCUCCGUCUAUGGCUUCCAACUCCAGCUCAACUCCAAGUGGUCUUUCUCUUACUCCUUCGAGUAUCUGGUCGGAGCUACCGCUGCUGCCGCUGCUUACUCCUUGCUGCAAUUGCUCAUUGGUGGUUCAAGACUGCUGACCAUGUCUCCGGUGAUCGCCUCAGGAUACCAAGCUUGGAUUCUCUUUGCCGGGGAUCAGAUUUUUGCAUAUGCAGUGAUGAGUGCUGGCUCAGCCGCAUCAGGGGUCUCUAACCUGAAUCGCACUGGAAUUAGACAUACUGCCCUGCCAAAUUUCUGCAAGGCUUUGGACAUGUUCUGCGAUCACAUCACUAUCUCUAUAGUUUUCACCUUCUUCAGCUGCGUGCUGCUGGCUGCCUCUGCUGUUCAGGACGUAUUUUGGCUUUCCAAGUACUGAAUUUCAAGACUGUCUGGUUACUGGUCAAGCAUUUUCAGGGCAGUUUAGCUAUCUGUAAAGAGCUAGAUGUAUUGUGAAAUUAUUAUAAUGCCUUCAGUUUUAGUUUUCUUUCAGUGACAGACUUGUCCGAACUCUCUAGCUGGUCUUUAGUUAUGGAUCAAGCAUGAACACUACUACUAGUUAUGCAUGCAAAAAUUAACAAUACGAGUCCUUGUAGACAAAAGGAACCAAAAUACAGAUAUCAUAAAGUU